UGCCCGUGAAUUAGGUCAUUCUCUCAGUUGUUGAAGCCGCUUCUUCAUCUUCUUCUUCUUCACUGUAGCUCGGCGUCGCUACCAUCUGAAGAUCCUUAACCAUGGCGGUCGGCAAGAACAAGAGGAUUUCGAAGGGUAGGAAAGGAGGAAAGAAGAAGCUUGUUGAUCCUUUUUCCAAGAAGGACUGGUAUGACGUGAAGGCUCCUUCUUCAUUCACCAACAGGAAUGUUGGGAAGACUCUUGUCUCCAGGACUCAGGGUACCAAGAUUGCCUCUGAGGGACUGAAGCACAGAGUUUUUGAGGUGUCUCUUGCUGACCUUCAAGUUGAUGAGGAUAAUGCUUACAGGAAGAUCCGUCUUAGAGCAGAGGAUGUUCAGGGAAGGAAUGUGUUGACCCAGUUCUGGGGUAUGGAUUUCACCACAGACAAGCUAAGGUCAUUGGUGAAGAAGUGGCAGACUUUGAUUGAAGCCCAUGUUGAUGUGAAAACCACUGACGGUUUCACCUUGAGGCUUUUCUGCAUUGCCUUCACAAAGAGACGUGCUAACCAGGUGAAGCGUACUUGUUAUGCUCAAUCCAGCCAAAUCCGUCAGAUCCGCAGAAAGAUGAGUGAGAUUAUGGUGAAGGAGGCUUCAUCUUGUGACCUCAAGGAUCUUGUUGCCAAGUUCAUCCCAGAAGCCAUUGGAAGAGAAAUUGAGAAGGCAACAUCAAGCAUCUACCCAUUGCAGAACGUGUUCAUCCGUAAAGUGAAGAUCCUUAAGGCACCCAAGUUUGACCUUGGAAAGCUCAUGGAGGUGCAUGGAGAUUACACAGCAGAGGAUGUUGGUGUGAAGGUAGACAGGGCAGCUGAUGAGCCAGUUGCUGAGGAGCCAACAGAAAUCAUCGGAGCUUAGGGGAUUAUAGAUUUGUUUGUUUUUCUUUGGCAAAAAAAUUAAAGAACCUAAUGUUAUGUCGCCAUUGGUAUGGUGUUUUUUUGGUAAGAGAACUCUACGUCAGUGCGACUUGUUUUGGACUCGUUUUUGAUGGCUGAACUUUUAUUACUCGUCCUGUUUAUCCUGCUUUUAUAUUAAUAAGUUUCUUAGCAGUAUUUUUC